UAAACGUAGUGAAUACGUCGGCUGCAGAGGGCGCUCGCAGUGCGGAUUGAUUGCGGAGUGAGGCGCGAGGAGCAGCGCCCAACGAGUGCCAUUAUUUCAUUAUUUAUUCGCCGCGCGAGCCGCGGGCCGGAGGUCGGUCGUGUCGAGUUGCGGGGCCGGCGCGUCUCCCCGUCAGUGUUGUUGUCGAUUCUCUGCCGUGUUAUACAGUGACUAUUAUGAGUGACAGGGAUCGGUCGUCGCCCUCCCUCACGGACACCCCGCUGAAGACGUACAUCGGCCGACACGACGACGACUACCCCCUCAUAAACGGAAACGGUGAGCGCCACUCCACAUUCUGUCGCCAACUUUACGGUCGGCGUCGUGGAGAUUUCCUCAGCCACGGGGCUAGUUUCAACAAAAAAUACGGCAAGUCGGUGAACAGUAAGGACGCUCUAGAGGACAAGAAAGAUGACACCGAGCUGUGGGACGCGCAAGCCGCCUUCCUCGGCCCCAACCUGUGGGAAAAGACGCUGCCCUAUGACCCUGAUCUCAAGUACGUGGACCUAGACGAGUUCCUGUCGGAAAAUGGCAUGCCGGGAGAGGCACUGGGCGGCGCGCACCUUGGCGGGUCGGCGUUCGGCGCCGGCGCGGGGCUGGCGCUGGGCCUGCCGCCGCCGGUCACCAAGCGCGAGAGAUCCCCGUCGCCCUCCGACUGCAUGAGCCCCGACACCAUCAACCCACCGCUCUCACCCGCAGACUCUACAUUUUCCAUGGCGUCGUCGGGGCGCGACUUCGACCCCCGGACGCGCGCAUUCUCCGAUGAGGAACUGAAGCCGCAGCCCAUGAUCAAGAAGUCCAGGAAACAGGUAAAUGAAUUCGUGCCCGAUGACCUCAAGGACGACAAAUACUGGGCGCGCCGGCGGAAGAACAACAUGGCCGCCAAGCGGUCGAGGGACGCGAGGCGCAUGAAGGAGAACCAGAUCGCGCUCAGAGCUGGCUACCUCGAGAAGGAGAAUAUGGGACUGCGGCAAGAGGUGGAGCUACUGAAGAAAGAAAAUCACAUCCUGCGUGAGAAGCUGUCCAAAUUCGCGGACGUAUAAACGGCCCUCCCCCCGCGUAGCACAAACACGCCGCACGACAUGUCGCGGCCGCCGGCGCCCUGCUCGCCGCCGCCGCCGCAGCCGGCCCCACUCCCUCUCUGUCGCCUGACAUGUUACUGUUGUUUCGUUUUAAGUGUCGCUCGUACCUUCCGACGCGCGUCGCGUGUCCCACUCGUUAUGUUCACGCUACCUGAACGCGGGACUCGGCGUCCACGCAGGCGCCUCCCUGACCGCGUGCUCUCGUCGCAACCGAUUGUAAAUUUUAUUUUGACGUGAUGUAACUAUAUUGAUUAGAAUACUGAAUGAAGUUGCGGAUGCGACGCGAUCAUCCGGCUAGACGGUGCGUUCGCGCGGCGCCGUUUCUGUACUAUAGGAUUAAAGAUAUUGCAGUUACCGUAAGUUUAUACUUAGUUUAAUAGGUGAAUCUUAACCAAAGUUCCGCUCGAGUUCUGAUCUGUCGUCGUCUCUAAUUCCUCCAUCGGACCCGGUUCGACACUCAACAGGGUUAGUCAACGACGUAUGGACCAAAUUUAUUGGAAAAUUGUUAUUUUGAGGGUGAUAGUGGUGUCCCGUCCCGAGCUAGGCGUCGUCGUCGCGUCGUCGUCGCGUCGCCAUGGCGCCGCGGCGACCGUCCAACCGAGUGCGGAAUACUGUAUAAGUUAAUGUUGUUGAAUAUUUAUAUCGAUACCGGCACCGGCAAGUUUGCUCAAGUGGCUCGCGUCUCGCGUACGCAUCGCAAGUGUAGUGGCUGCGUCUGUAUAUAGGUAGUUUUAAUAGGGCCGAGCGUCCGUCCGGUCCUUAGCUCGCUUCGUAGGACUACUCCGUAUGAGAUUAGACCCGACGGUGCGUUCCGCACCCCCCUCUGUCGAUUCAGUAGUGAGCGAACACUAGUUUCGUUUCAAAUUUACUUAGUAAAUAGUUUCGCGUAGUCGCGUAGAUUCCGUAGCGUAGUCGUUAUUAGUAUAUUUUUGUUAUGGCUGUAGUUGUUAACGUUUUUGAAAGUUUAUAUUAUUUUUUUUAGUUAUACUUGUGUCGAGACUCGCGUAAUUGUGUCGAUAUGGGUAAGAGCCGGUAGUAGCCACCGCGGACGCCGCCUCGCCCACUCGACGCGUCUGCGUCCGCGCACUGAAUACGUCCCUGGACGUUUCCUCCGCACUCUGACUCGUGCUAUUGUUAUAAUAUAUUUUUGUAGGUUUUUGUCGUUGAUAAAUGAGUCAAUUGAAUGUUUAAUGAAUUGAAAAAAUAAUGUUUAUAAACUAAGACUAAGAAGUUGUUGCAUUUGAAAGUAUUUUAUGGAUACAAAGCGAGAACAAUAAAAUGUUUUUCUAUAAAGGUUUACAUGUGAGGGAUUCUACGAAGGUGUGAAGGUUGACUUUGAAAUGCACUGUUUCAUAUCAAACGAUAUUAUAUGUAAUAAAUUUAAUGUUAACGGAACAUUUGAUAUCCUCCUUGUUUGUUAAAGUAAUAUACAUAAAUUACACAAUAUAAUGUAAAAUGGUACCUAUACAUACGAUGCUAUAUGUAAUUGUUCUCUUGAAGAUGUAACACGGCGCAUGGGUAUAAUAUUGUAAUGUUAUAUAUUAAGAGAUCGUGAUAAGCAGGAGUCGACUGUAGUCGCUGGCGCAUGUUCGCGCAGACUCCGGCCUGCUCGCACCUCCCGAACUCCUUAUUUAUUACUUAUUUAUACUACCGACACCUUUACUGCAACAACAUAAAACCAUAUUGAUUUACAUGUACCAGUAGUAUUUUGUUUGAUUUUAAUUUAUAUGGUUCUAUGGAUUGAAAUAAACGUUAAUUGUUGUAUUUAUGUUUAGUUUUUUUUUUAUGUGGUCGCCUGUAGUCGUGACGCCUGUAGGUACUUAAGGAUUCCGCGCUGCCCAGCAGCCCGACUCUGGCCUCUCGUAGGCAUCUCGACCGCUGAUAUACAUUUCUCGAUCGGUGUUUAUGUAAUAAAUCGUGGUAAUAUUACCUUGCACACA